CUUCCAGCAGCAGCGGCUCUGCGGCUACAAGCUCGUACAAAGUGGGAGCACGCUGCUGGGAGCACAAGGUGCAGACUUCGGUGCGCACGGUAGUUUGAGCCAGGGGGCAGCAACUCAUAGCAAGGAAAGGAAGGAUGCGGCGGCUACUGCUCCUCUUGGCUUGGGAGGGCAGCAUGGCAGCAGGACGCGACGCCGGUGGCGUCGUGCCCGCGCUUACGAAGCGGGAGGACAGCGCGGUGCCGCCGUGGCUUGUACGCGGCGCGGACCUCGCGGCGGUGCCUCUGGACCUCGGCGCCGGCAGCGCGCGCCGGGACCUGCAAUCCUCCUCCGACGCCUGCGACUACGUCUCCGUGUCGGGCUCCACCGCUCAAAGCAGCAGGCACGGCUUUUACGAAGCGACCGGAACGUGCGAGUCUCAGCCUUACUUUUCGUGUAUCGACUGCGGUAGCACGCAGUACAUCUGGUAUACUUCAAAUAAAUACUGGUACAUUGGUGAUUCUGGUUGCGGGAGUACGUACGUGUCGAUAUAUAACCGCGACACGGACGGAGACCUCGCGGCCGUAUCCGAUUCGUGGACUGAGUAUGACGGGGGUUGGGUAGAAAAUUCCGCCAUCACGGUCAAGUGCUACGCGGCCGCGAGUUGUCAGCUAGUUCCCGGCACGACGGCCAAGUAUAGGUGCUUCGACUGCGCCGACGCGAGCGACCUGGCGAGCGUCGGCGACGGCCAGUGCGACGCCGCGAACAACGUCAGCCCGUGCUGGGACGGCGGCGAUUGUUGUGAAACGACGUGCAUCGACGGCGACACGCACACGUGUGGCUCCUACGACUGCAAAGACCCCGAUGCGCCCCCGGUGCCGGACCCGUACUACCCCGACGCUGCGUGGUACCUCGAGGCGAUCCGCGCGCCCGAGGCGUGGGCGGCGGGCUAUGACGGAAGCGGCGUGCAGAUCCUCAUCAACGACGACGGCGUCGACAACACGCAUCCGGACCUGGCGAAGCUCGACGUGGCCAACUCGUGCGGCGUGUAUGCCCCGUGCGCAAAGGCCAGAGGCCCCGACGCCGGCGUUAUUGACUCGCACGGGACAAAUUGUGCGGCAAUCGCGGCCGCCGACUCGAACUCGGCCUGCGGCGUCGGCGUCGCGCCGGGCGCCGGCAUCGCGUCGUGCGUCCAAAGCUUCAGCAAUUGCAACCCCGCCGCAAGCGAGGACUCUCUCACGCACAAUUACAAUGUGAACGACAUUAGUUCAAAUAGCUGGGGCAUCGACCAGUGCGAGUACAUCGAAGACGGACGACGAUUGUCGACGGACUGCCCGUUCGAGUGUCCCUCGGUGAGCUCGGACGACUGCCCGUGCGACGCGUGCGACGGCGACGACUGGGCGUCGGGGGACCUCGACUCGGAUUGCGAGGAUGCUGUCGUGGAUUACUGCACCAGUUACUUCAAUGACGACGUGACGCCCUGUUUGGAGCUCGACCACUACUUCGUCCGGUGCGGCUACGGCCAGCUCUCGAGCUACGGGCACGAUCAGCUCGUCGACGGCACGACAAACGGUCGAGGCGGCCUGGGCACGGUGUACGUCUUCUCGGCUGGCAACGAAUACGAGCUCGGCGAUGACGUUAAUUAUGAGGGCUAUCUCAACUCGCGGUUUACCAUUUCCGUCGGUGCCGUCUACGCAGAUCUCACGCACUCGCUCUACUCGUCGAGUGGCGCCCCCGUGUUCAUCAGCGCGCCUGGCGGGGACGGCGGGAACAUGGCCGUCGCGAAGCCAGUCGGGAACGGCAACACCGACAAUUGCGGCGACGCGGGUCAGGGCACAUCCUUCGCGUGUCCGCUGAUCUCCGGAGUCGUUGCUCUAGUUUUGGAGGCGAACCCCAAUUUGACAUGGCGCGAUGUCCAGGGGGUGCUCGCCGCGACCGCGCGGACCGACCAUAACGACGAGAACGACGAGACCGGCCAGUGGACCACGAACCAGGCCGGCGUCAAACAUAGCUACAAGUACGGUUUUGGGCUCGUCGACGCGCACGCUGCUGUUAUUGCGGCGCAAUCAUGGGCGACCCUGGGCGCCGAGAUCACGCUCGUGACGGCGACGACGAGCGGCGCGGCGCUGCUCGACUUCGACGGCACCGAGCACUGGGUCGAAUCGACGGCGACAGAGUUCGCCGGCACGGGCGCCUCGGACUUUAUCAUCGAGAGCGUCUCGGUCUACGUAACUCUAGAACACCCGCGCCGCGGCGAUCUCAGGAUCGAGCUCGAGCGGAACGGCGUGACCUCGCUCCUGACCGACGACAAACUCGCGCUCGGUACGCGCUACACGCACCACAAGUUCACGACGCUUCGGCACUGGGGAGAAACCGCCGACGACGGGGCGUUCACACUCCGCGUCGCCGACCGACGCGCGGGCUCGGGCGACGACGACGACCACGAGCCGUUCGACGAUGAACACUGGAAGUUCGACGAUUCGAACUACGCUGACGACGACGGCGACGACGACGGCGUACUUGUAUCGUGGACGCUCCAGCUCUACGGCCACGACAGCGACACGUCGACGCCGUGGACGCCCCAGCCGACACCUCGGGGAGGUUGUGAUUCCGUCACCGUGUCGGGCUCCAACGAUCAAACCGGCAGGCACGGAACGUACUUACCUGAAGGCAGAUGCACGGAACGUAUUUACUACAAAUGCUCCGACUGCGCAUGGACAACAUACCUCUGGUAUCACGAUAGUGGCUACUGGGUCAUCGGCUCAGACCCGGACGGCUGCGACUCGCUCUCUGCGAACAUAUAUAUCGUCUCAAACGAAGACCUCGCGGACGUGUCCGGAGAUUGGAAAGAGUCUACCAGCUCCGGGUGGUCGACAAACUCUAACAUCGCGGUCGUCUGCCAGCUCCCGACGGCGCCGCAACCCACCUACGGUCCCACGACAGCCCUACCCGUGCCGGCGCCGACGCCCCGUCCGACGCCGUCUCCCAGCGCCGCGCCGGGCGACCCUACGGCCCGGCCCGCGCCGGAGCCGACGCCAGCGCCUGUGCCGGCGCCAACGCCGCGCCCGACCUUGUCGCCCGUGCCUGCGCCGACACCUGCGCCUGUGCCGGCGCCGACGCCGCGCCCGACCUUGUCGCCCGUGCCUGCGCCGACACCUGCGCCUGUGCCGGCGCCAACGCCGCGCCCGACCUUCCCGUUGACGCCCGGACCCUCUCCAAGGCCAUCGCCCUCGCCCAGCGCGCGGCCGACGCCGAAACCUACGCCUAAGCCGACGCCUCUACCGUCGAAAGCGCCCAGCCCGAGACCGACCCCAAUGCCAUCGCCGCGGCCCACGCCUGUGCCGACGACGGCCAGGCCAUCGCCUCGACCGACGCCGCGCCCGACGCCUGUGCCGACGACGGCCAGGCCAUCGCCCUCGCCGUCGCCGAGGCCGACGCCACAGCCGACGCCUGCACCGACGCCGUUGCCUGGCGACCCCACGGCCGCGCCAGUCUUCGCGCCGACGCCCAGGCCUACCCCCCGGCCGACGCCGUCGCCGACGCUAAGACCGACCAUCUCGCCGCGGCCGACGCCUGGGCCGACGCCGACGCCCACGACCGAGCCCACGCCUCGACCGACGCCGGCGCCGUCCCCGAAGCCCACGGCGAGGCCGACGCCUCGACCGACGCCGAUCCCGACGCCGUUACCCACGGAAGAACCAUCAUUCAAGCCCACGCCGAGGCCCACGCCACGGCCGAGCCCUUCGCCGACUGCGACAGCCGGCAGCCCCACGGCCAGCCCGGUCUUCGCGCCGACGCCGCACCCGACGCCGUCGCCGUCUUCGCAACCGACAACGCCGUCGCCUACCGCCUCGCGCGGCGCUCCGACAACGAGUCCCGUGCCCCGCCCAGUCGUUGCUCCGACGCCAACGCCGACGCUGCGACCCUCCCCGCGGCCGACGCCCAGACCUAGUGCGAGACCCACCCCAACGCCAACGGCGGCGCCGACGCCCCUGCCCUACGUCGUGACGGGCGCCAUCUCGUUUUCUGGCGUGAGCUUGGAGGAGGCCCGAGCCGAACGACGAGUGUUCCUCAGGACGCUCGCCAUCCUCUUGGGCGUCGACGAGAGCUGGGUGCGGGUUGCCAUUCGGAGAGCGCGGCGGUCGCGCCGGCGCUUGGAUGCGAGCUAUGCGCCCACGACGGCGCCGACGCGGGAGAUGCCGACGCCGGCGCCAUCCCUAACGCCGACGGCGACGGCAGCUUCGGAACCGACGGCUGCCGACGGCUUUUCCCUGGCACCGACGGCCGCCGGCGUGUCCCUCGAUUAUAACGUCUCGGUGCCGUCGAUCUCUGAGGCAGAGGCGGUGGAGGCCGUCGUGGAGACCACGACGCCGGCGGACGUUGACGAGGCCGUCGAGACCGCGGCGACGGAGGUCGAGGCGGAAACGGGCACGACGAUAACGCUCGUCGACUCCAUUGCAACCGAGGACAUCAGCGCGGUCGAGAUCGUCGCGGAUCCUCCCGGCACCCCCGGCGACGACGAUCCGCCCACGCUCGGUCUCAGCGAAGCAGACGACGGUGCGAGCGGUGACGGAGGAGAUGGUGGUAGCGGCGGCGGGGGC